UUGAAGACGUGAGGUGAAAAGUUACAAACGACAUGGCGGCGGAGGCAGAUGAGUGUGUGAGGCAGAGGCGCUGAGUGAGGAAACGACGCCGGUUCGUCCCCAGUCGGUCGGAGGGGAAAGGGCGCAGGAUAUUUCUUCGGGGAAUUACAACCGGAGGAGGAGAAGAAGCCUUCCUUGCUUCAAGCGAGACCCUCUGAAGGGCCCUGCCUUGGUUUCUUUCCCUGAGAGAUGACGUUCCCGCCUUUUCUCAAUAGGAACGCCUUGACUUUCUACCCGGAGGAUGGCACCCUUUGCCUGGGAGAAAGAAACCUUCUUUCUCAACAUAAGGUUUCGCUUUGAGAGCGCUUGAAACCCAAGCCCCUGCACCUUCAGCGUCCUCGGUUUUAUUUUCCUCACAUUCUCUGCAUUAAGACGCUCAAGUCCCGCACAUAAGCACCCUUGUUCUGCUUUACUAAGAAGUUAGUGUGAUUCUACACUGUGCCCUGUUAAUAUCUUCUCAGAGACCUUGGUAGUAACUGCGUUUCCUUACGAAGUUAGGUGUUCCCCAGCAGAUCAGGCCAGAGUCUUGCCCCUCUUGUUCUCGUACAGAAAAGAGCAGCAACAAAAACAAAAAUUCUAGAAUCUAGACAGAGCCAUAGUAUUCACCUAUAACUGCAACUGGCAUAGAAGGUUUGGCAGCAGUUCAAUCUGGUACUUUGAUUUGAUCCUUUUCUCCAGAUUUGAGCAUCACCAGUUACUGGAAAUCCUUAGAACUGGCUUAGAAAGUGGUAGCAGUUGCAUCCGGCACUUAGUUUUAAUGCUUUUCUCCAAACCCAGUUAUUGCAGAGGUACAUCUUUUGAUAAAACAGGUAUCCAAAAGCUGAUACUGCUUCCAGAGACUUAAAAUAAAACAAAAACAUCUAAGUUCUGACAGGAAAAAAAAUCUGAACAGCUUGCUUUGGAAACUCACAAAGUGACAAACUCCAGGAUCUCCAAAAGAUCUUUAAGCAGGACAAGGAAAACUCUUUAUGCAAUGAUCCUCUACCUCAUAAACUGUCAACAGAUUGCACUGCAAUAGCUGAAUAUACCAUGAGAAUUUCCUAGAUUAAGAAACCAGUGUUACAAGUGUUUUGGGGAAGUCCAAUUUCCUGCCAUGAUCAUGAAGGCCAUGAGUAUAAACUGUUUUGUAUAUGGAUUGUGUUCUUUCUUUGGAUAUCAUUUUGCAUUAUUUGAAGACAGUGAAGAUUAUUGAAACAUAUAUAGUGAAAAUAUACUCACUAAAAAGGAAUUAAAAGUAUCAUUGGAAAGACUCCUAACGAGGAUGAUGGUGCUGAUGUGUGUUUGAUUUUCACCAAGAUCAUCUAGUGCUGCGGUUCACAAUGAACAGGAAGAAAGGAGAUAAGGGCUUUGAGAGCCCAAGACCAUAUAAAUUGACCCACCAGGUGGUUUGUAUCAACAACAUAAAUUUCCAGAGAAAAUCUGUCGUCGGUUAUGUGGAGCUGACAAUAUUUCCAACAGUUGCCAACCUGAACAGAAUCAAGUUAAACAGCAAGCAGUGUAGAAUAUACAGAGUGAGGGUCAACGAUCUGGAAGCAGCUUUCAUAUACAAUGAUCCCACCCUAGAAGUUUGCCAUCAUGAGUCAAAACAGAGAAAUCUCAAUUACUUUUCUAACGCCUAUGCUGCUGCAGUCAGCGCUGUGGACCCUGAUGCUGGAAAUGGAGAGUUGUGUAUUAAAGUGCCAUCCGAGCUUUGGAAACAUGUUGAUGAAUUAAAAGUUCUAAAGGUACAUAUCAAUUUUUCUCUGGACCAGCCAAAAGGAGGCCUUCAUUUUGUGGUCCCCAAUGUGGAGGGCAGUUUGGCAGAGAGAGGAGCUCAUGUCUUCUCUUGUGGUUAUCAAAAUUCUACAAGGUUUUGGUUUCCUUGUGUUGACUCCUAUUCUGAACUAUGCACAUGGAAACUGGAAUACACAGUUGAUGCCACAAUGGUGGCUGUGUCAAAUGGAGACUUAGUGGAAACAGUGUAUACUCAUGAUAUGAGAAAAAAGACCUUCCAUUAUAUGUUGGCGAUUCCAACUGCAGCAUCUAACAUCUCCUUGGCCAUUGGACCAUUUGAAAUUCUUGUCGAUCCUUACAUGCAUGAGGUGACUCAUUUUUGCUUACCCCAGCUUCUCCCAUUGCUCAAGCAUACCACAUCAUACCUCCAUGAAGUAUUCGAAUUCUAUGAGGAGAUACUUACAUGUCGCUACCCUUACUCCUGUUUUAAAACAGUUUUUGUAGAUGAGGCCUAUGUUGAAGUAGCUGCUUAUGCUUCUAUGAGCAUUUUUAGCACAAACCUUUUACACAGUGCAAUGAUAAUAGAUGAAACACCACUGACGAGGAGACGUUUGGCUCAGGCUUUGGCCCAGCAGUUCUUUGGUUGCUUUAUAUCAAGAAUGUCUUGGUCAGAUGAGUGGGUGUUGAAGGGAAUCUCUGGCUAUAUUUAUGGCCUUUGGAUGAAAAAAACAUUUGGCGUGAAUGAGUAUCGUCAUUGGAUCAAGGAGGAACUAGACAAAAUAGUUAUAUAUGAACUGAAGACUGGAGGAGUUUUGUUGCAUCCAAUCUUCGGUGGCGGAAAGGAAAAAGACAACCCUGCAUCUCAUUUGCACUUUUCCAUAAAACAUCCUCACACAUUGUCAUGGGAAUAUUACACCAUGUUCCAAUGCAAAGCCCAUCUAGUGAUGAGACUAAUAGAAAACAGAAUCAGUAUGGAGUUCAUGUUACAAGUUUUCAACAAGCUGUUGAGUUUGGCCAGCACUGCUUCAUCUCAGAAGUUCCAGUCUCAUAUGUGGAGUCAGAUGCUUGUUUCCACAUAUGGGUUUUUGAAAUCCAUCUCCAAUGUGUCUGGCAAAGAUAUCCAGCCCCUAAUAAAACAGUGGGUAGAUCAGAGUGGUGUGGUUAAAUUUUAUGGCAGCUUUGCAUUUAAUAGAAAACGAAAUGUACUAGAGUUGGAAAUAAAACAGGAUUAUACAUCUCCUGGAACGCAGAAAUAUGUGGGGCCUCUCAAAGUGACAGUGCAAGAGCUGGAUGGAUCUUUCAACCACACACUUCAGAUAGAAGAAAAUAGCCUUAAACAUGACAUCCCUUGUCACUCAAAGAGCAGGCGAAAUAAGAAGAAAAAGAUUCCUCUCAUGAAUGGAGAAGAAGUGGAUAUGGAUCUUUCAGCCAUGGAUGCUGAUUCCCCCUUACUCUGGAUAAGAAUAGAUCCGGACAUGUCUGUGUUAAGAAAGGUAGAAUUCGAACAGGCUGACUUCAUGUGGCAGUAUCAGCUCCGGUAUGAGAGGGAUGUGGUCGCCCAGGAGGAAUCCAUUUUGGCCCUCCAGAAGUUCCCCACUCCUGCAUCACGGCUUGCGCUGACUGAUAUACUUGAACAAGAGCAGUGUUUCUACCGAGUGAGGAUAAUGGCAUGCUUCUGUCUUGCAAAGAUUGCAAAUUUUAUGGUGAGUACAUGGACAGGACCACCAGCUAUGAAGUCGCUCUUCACCCGAAUGUUCUGUUGUAAAAGUUGUCCAAACAUUGUGAAAACCAAUAACUUCAUGAACUUUCAGAGCUACUUUCUGCAGAAGACAAUGCCUGUUGCAAUGGCCUUGCUCAGAGAUGUCCAUAAUUUGUGUCCUAAAGAAGUUUUAACAUUCAUUCUAGACUUAAUAAAGUACAAUGACAACAGGAAAAACAAGUUUUCAGACAACUACUACCGUGCUGAAUUAAUCGAUGCAUUAGCAAACUCCGUAACUCCUGCUGUCAGUGUGAAUAAUGAAGCCCGAACCCUGGACAAUCUAAAUCCUGAUGUGCGCCUCAUUCUUGAAGAAAUUACUAGAUUCUUAAACAUGGAAAAGCUGCUACCCAGUUACAGGCACACCAUUACAGUCAGCUGUUUGAAUGCCAUUCGCAUAUUACAGAAGAAUGGGCAUGUUCCAAGUGAUCCUGCAGUCUUCAAAUCCUAUGCAGAAUAUGGGCACUUUGUGGAUAUCCGAAUAGCAGCUUUGGAAGCAGUUGUUGACUACACAAAAGUUGAUCGAAGCUACGAUGAGCUGCAGUGGCUGCUUAAUAUGGUCCAGAGUGAUCCUGUGCCCUAUGUCAGGCAUAAAAUAUUGAAUAUGUUGACGAAGAACCCACCAUUUACCAAGAACACGGAGUCUCCAUUGUGUAAUGAAGCUCUAGUGGAUCAACUCUGGAAACUUAUGAAUUCAGGUACAUCCCAUGACUGGAGGCUGCGCUGUGGUGCUGUUGACCUGUACUUCACGCUGUUUGGUCUCAGCAGGCCUUCCUGUUUGCCGCUGCCAGAACUCGGGUUGGUCCUUAACCUGAAAGAAAAGAAAGCCGUUCUGAAUCCUACCAUAAUCCCUGAAGUGGGGGCAAGUGGUCCGGAACUUCCUAUCAAUCCAAACAAUAUGAGCCAAAUGGUUGGCUUCCCAAGCAGUGAGGAGGAUCAUCUUGUUAAAGAAUCAGCAAUGCUUCCCUUUCCUCAUCAGCAAGGGUUGAAACGAAAAGCUGACACACCUCUUGGGUCUCCCCUGGAACCAGGCCAGAUACUAGAGAAGAUUGACGACAGUAAAGUCAAACUUAAAAUAAGAUUCUCAAACUCUCAAGAAGAAGAAGAGAUUGAUAUGGACACAGUGCAUGAUAGUCAAGCUUUUAUAUACCAUCAUUUGAACAUGUUGGAAAGACCGUCUACACCAGGUAAAGAACAAUCCUCGCUGGAACUGAACAUGUUGCAGAUGCCUGCCACCCCACUGCCUGGUUUCCCUAAAGAGUCCAGUUCGUCCAAGCACAGCGAGCACCAUCACCACCACCAUCAUGAGCACAAGAAGAAGAAGAAGAAACACAAACACAAGCACAAGCAUAAACACAAACACGAGAGUAAGGAGAAAGAGAAGGAGCCUUUCACCUUCUCCAACAGCCCAGCCAGUGGACGCUCCAUUCGCUCUCCCUCCUUGUCUGACUGAAGCUAACAACUCCAGAGUUGACAAAACAUUUAGAAGCUGUGGACAUGCUCCUCUUUCUUCAUGGCAAAAUUCAAACCAUGGUAGUGGCUCAAGCCAGGAAAGAUGGAAACUCUAAAUAUUUUCAGUUGGGCUAACCAAAAUAAUGAAAUGGGAUUGUGCGAGAGGGGAGAAAGUGGUUUUACAUUCAGAGCCAAUCUCAGUGACCGUGUUCUCCAUCCUGAAACCUUAUAUUUUCCUUUGAAAAGAAGAGCAGUGCUUAUUUACAUGUGCCCUAAGUCUGCAGCCUCACAAACUGCCUAGGUGUCUUGUUAGAAUGAAUUAUAUUUUAAACUUUUGAUGUGUGUCAUGAAGUUUGACGUAUGCUUUAAAGAGAAACCUACUGCCAAACCUUAUGUCAAAGCUGCAGUUGUGGAGAUUGUUGUUUGCCGUCAUGUAGACUCCAGAAAACUAUUUGUAUCUAUCGUUUCUUGGCAUAUCCUUUAAAGGUGUGUUCUAUCACUGUUUUAAUUCAUUGAAUGGUUGCAUACACACAGUUUGAUUUAAGAUGCUGAUUUUAUAAAACAAUUAUAAACAUAAAUCUUCAGAUCACAGAUGCACUUGGAAAUUGUUUCCAUAACUUCUUUCUGCCUACAAAAAAAGAACCCCAAAAGCCAACUACUGCGUGCCCUGUGCCUUGUAAUCAGGCUCAUAACUAUAUAAUGAAGCUCAAGCAAAACCAAACCCUCACAAAACUUGGCAAAAGAAGCUCUUCCAUAAAACUUCAAUUAACCUUUAAAAUACAUUCAACAUGGGGAAAGCCAGUGGAAAAACUGUUAAACGUUCUUGUUUCUUGUAAACCUUGUGGCAAAAGCCUGAAAUGUCCAGCGAGUAAAUGUAAUGUGAAGCUUGGUAAAUUUAAGUUUUCUUAUUUCAUUAUAUCCAGUUAAAUGUUUCAUUGCAUAUUUUAAUAAUUAUGUCAAAUGGGACUGCUUUAUAACAUUUUCCUUUCAUGUCAGUGUAGUACUAGACCUUUCUUUAAUCCACUCAUCUGCAGUUUUCUGGAACAUUGUGAAGUGCUUCAGUAAUCAGUUUCAUUGUUUUUGUAAAUGCCAUCUUUAGAUUAAGACUUUAGAAAAACCCGGUAUGUAUGUGUAUUAUUUUUUAUUAUAUAGCUGAUUGACAAUAGAGGCAAAUACUGAUCCAAAAAGACACACAACAAGGGACCCAAGAAGCUUUUUAUAUAAAAAAGAGAAGGUAAUUCUUUAAUAAACACUUUUAUACAAUCUA